UUUUUUUUUUUUUCCUUCCUUUUUUCUCUUUAUCUCUCUUUCUUUGCUUCUUUUUUUUUCUUUACAUAACUAUGGCAGAUACAGUGAGUCGCUUAGAACAGUACCGUCGUACUUUUCAAAAAUACGCCACCAUUGAAAAUGAACACAAGGAAAAAUUCAUGACCCGUGAAGACUUUUUGUCUGCCAUCGUACCCGGUGAAGACUUCAAAAAGAUCCAAAGAGAUCAAUUUGAACUCUUGUACAAAAUUGCAGACAGAACAAACAAGGGGGCUAUUUCUUUUGAUGAUUUUGUGAUUUUUGAAGACUUAUUGUCAAAGCCUGAUGCGGAGUACGAAGUCGCUUUUCGUGUGUUUGACGUAAAUGGUACGGGUAAGGUAACAUUUGAUCAGUUCAAGAGUGUGUUGUCCAGCAAUAUGCCUGAUGACGCUGUUCCUUUUGACUUUGAUUGCGAUUGGCUCAAGCUAUACAUUGGUUCAAAAGAAGGUCAUCAUGAAUUAAGCUACCAGGAGUUCACUCAACUCAUCAAGGGUUUGCAAGGCGAACGUCUUCGUCAAGAAUUUAAGCAUUAUGACAAGGAUCAUUCCGGUUUUAUUGCUCCUGAAGAUUUUAAGAAGAUUAUUUUGGAUGUUGCAAAGCACAAGUUGUCAGACGAUGUGAUCGAUCAUUUACCUACCCUUUGUAACCUCACCAGUAGUAACAAAAUCAGUUUCUCUUCUGUGGUUGCUUUUCAUAACGUGAUUCGCAAUAUCGAUAUGGUGGAACUUGUGAUUCGUAAGGCUAUUGAAGCCAAUGCUGAUAAAAAGAUCACCAAGGCUGAUUUCUUAAAGCAUGCUCAUGAAGCCAGUCGUUACACUGCUUUUACGCCUAUGGAAGUGGAUGUGAUUUUCCAUUUUGCUGGUGUUGAUGACGAUUCUGGUGUGCUUAGUUUAGACGAUUUUGCUCGUAUCUUGGAUCCUCGUUGGACUACAUCGCAUAAAGAAUUAGAAGAAGCAACUGAAAAAUUAUAUGUCGAUCAUCCUCAACAACCCAAGCAUGGUGCUCUUUGGCAAAUCAUUGAGAGCGCCUAUUCUUUUGCACUUGGUUCAGUGGCUGGUGCUGUUGGUGCCACUGCUGUAUACCCUAUUGAUUUGGUCAAGACGCGUAUGCAAAAUCAAAGAUCAAAAGUGGUUGGUGAACUCUUAUACAAGAACAGUUUAGACUGUUUCAAAAAGGUAAUAAAGAAUGAAGGUUUUGCAGGUCUGUAUCGAGGUCUGGGUCCUCAACUUGUGGGUGUUGCACCUGAAAAAGCCAUCAAAUUGACUGUCAACGAUUUUGUUCGUAGUCAAUUUACCAGUAGAAACAAUGGCGAGAUCAAGUUUUGGCAAGAAAUGAUUGCUGGUGGUGCUGCUGGUGCAUCUCAAGUCGUGUUUACAAAUCCUUUGGAAAUCGUCAAGAUUCGUCUUCAAAUCCAAGGUGAACAAUUAAAGCAUUUGGCUCCUGGUGAAGUUGCUCCUAAACGUUCUGCUAUCUGGAUCGUAAAGCAUUUGGGUAUUGUUGGUUUGUAUAAGGGUGUCAGUGCCUGUCUUUUAAGAGACGUGCCUUUCUCUGCCAUCUAUUUCCCUGCCUAUGCUCACUUGAAGAAAGACUUGUUUAAGGAAGGUCCUGAUCAUAAAUUGAAGAUUACUGAGCUUUUGAUGGCUGGUGCUAUUGCCGGUAUGCCUGCUGCUUACUUUACAACACCUGCUGAUGUGAUCAAGACUCGUUUGCAAGUCGAAGCACGUAAAGGCCAGACAACAUACAAUGGUAUUGUUGAUGCUGCUAGAAAGAUCUUCCGUGAAGAAGGAUUCAAGGCCUUCUUUAAGGGUGGCCCUGCUCGUAUCUUCCGUUCUUCACCUCAAUUCGGUGUCACUCUGACUGUGUAUGAACUCUUACACCAAUUCUUACCCCUUCCUGGCCAUGGAUCUGCUGCAAAUACCACUUCUACUACUACUACCACAGCUAUCGUUAAUCCUGUACAAACUAUUGAACACAAAACUACGCUUCGCUCUACAAAUGCACUAAAAAUGUUGCUGGAUCUUGACUAUCGAUUUGGUGUCCAUCAACCCUCAACCAAAAAAUAAUAGACUGUAUGUGUAAUUUGUCCUUAUUCUUGUGU